AUGGUGGGACUCUCUCUUUUGGUUGAGGUUACUUUCUCUCAACAAACGCGCAUUGUUUUGGUUCGCGGGAAACGCCACCUCACCAAUUACAGCAACGUGCACCACCCUUUUGAGUUACUAAACCAAGGGGUCUCUGAAUUUGGUGCUUCAUCCUGGAUCAAAGCGAUGGCAGAGGAAAGUGGUGUUAAUCAGAACAACUCUGAGAGAAUGGAGCCUGAAGAUAUUGACGAGAAAGCAAAUACUCAUGAGAGAUUAACCACCACAAAAGUUCCACCUAAGAUUCUUCCGCGUUAUCUUAGUGGUCCAAAAAGUUCCUGCCAUGAUCUUUGCAAAUAUGGCAUCCCACAUGCCUCUGAAGCCAAACCAUGGAGACUAAAACAGAAAAGGGUUACCAAAACGGAAAGGAAAACCGAAGUUCCACAAGAGAAUGUGAUAUCUUUGGCAAGGAGAAAAAAAUCAGGAAGACGUUCAAAGCCUUCUCAAACACCAAAAAUUGAGAAGGUCAAUAGUCCAGUUGAUAUCAAGGAAGUAACAUCUGAAAAAACAGUCACAUCACAGAAAAACUCACCACCUUUUGAAGAAACGCGUGUUUCCCCGGAACAUAACACACGGUCCGAGCCAUCUCUCUCAGUGCAGGAUUGUUCCAAAAGUGAAACAAAAAAGGAAAUGGUAAAAAACGAAAGUCCUAGUUCAAGGAGCCGAAAGAAAACUGAAAGCAGAAGCAAACAGACAAGGAGAUUUUCAACUGGAGGCAAGGAAAAAUCCACCCCACCAAGUCUUACAUUAUCUUCAAAACGCAGCGUCAAGAAGCCUCAAAGCAUAAGUUACAAUGGUUCCAAGAACAUGAAAAGAGACUCUUCUCUGAAACGUCCUGAGAAUGUUGAAGAAAUCAAACCUGAACUCGACAACAAUGACAACUUACCAGAAAAAAUGAUUUCUGUCACGGAACCUGCCUCUGCAAAUUCAUCUGAGGGCCGUACAGUGGCUUGUGAUGCAACUAAGUUGUCUUCACCCUCACCUGAAUCAUCAGGGGACAGAAGCUUGCAGCAUACCAAUAAGAAAGAUGGCAAGUCUCCUACGUUUGCAUCUUCAAGGAAGGGCCUUAGAUCUGUGGUCGGGAACAAAGGGAAGGUGAAUAUGCAACACAAAACGCGUAAUGUUUCACGAUCACCACCACCAGCAUCAUCAUCUGUUUCCACUUUCAAAUCUUCCCUUCGGAAACAAAAUAAUGCUGCAUAUAAGUCCAACAAAAAAAGACAUGAUCAUCAAGGUGAAAAUGUGAAGAUGGUUUACAAAAUCAGGCCAAAAAUAAGCACAAAACUUGGGACCGCCAAUAAAACUGUUGUUGUUGCAUCCCGAAAAUUGAAUUUUAGGAGAGGAAAAGUGAUGGAACUUCAGCCUCAGAGCAACAACAUUCCAAGGAGACUCAAAUUCAGGCCAGCACGCAUUCUUGGUGAUGACGUGCGAAGAGAUAUAAAUGGUGCAAGAAAAAGGACCGUUCAGGAUAAUAAAAGAGGUGGAGGUGGUAGUGGCGGCAGUGAGGUAAAUGCUGCAAAUACAAAAUCAGAGAAAAUUGGAGGAAAAAUCCAAACUGUGGAAGGAAGUAAAAAGAGAAUUAUUGUUGGAAGGAAGGUUGGUGGAGAUAAUAGCAAGGUAGAGGGUGCAAAAUCAGGAUCAGAGAAAGUGGUUUUGAAGCAUCAAGAUGUGGAAGGGAAGAAAGAAAACCCACGUUCGUAUAAUAAUGUGAUUGAAGAGACCGCAACUAUGCUUACUGAGCUAAGGAAGAGCAAGGUUAAGGCUCUAGUUGGGGCAUUUGAAACCGUGAUAUCUCUUGAUUCUCCUAAAGAUGCCAUAGCAGCGGAAAUAACCAGCAAGUUUGAUCGUUUCAUCAACUAA